AUCAUGAUUAUUAUGCCAUAUUAUAAAUCAGGUGAUUUAAUAAACUACUUAACUAAUGAUUUCUAUAGUAUUGAAUGGCAUAGUAAGUUAAAGAGGUUAAAAGAAAUAAUAAAUGGACUUGUUAAUAUACAUAGUGUAAAUAUUUUACAUAGAGACUUUCAUAGUGGAAAUAUCUUUUUUAACGAAAAAAAAUACGCAUACUUAGGUGAUUUGGGCUUAAGUAAAUCUGCAACUGAAUUUACAGAUGAUGAUAAUAACAAUGAGAAUUAUGGUAUAAUUCCUUAUAUGGCACCAGAGAUUUUUAAAGGACAAAAAUAUACCAAAGAAUCAGACAUAUAUAGUUUUGGAAUGAUUAUGUGGGAAUUUAUGACAGGUAGAAGACCUUUUUGGAAUAGAAGUCAUGAUGCAGAACUUAUAAUAGAAAUAUGUUGUGGUUUAAGACCACCAAUUGUUACAAAUGCGCCCGAAGGAUAUAUUGAAUUAAUGAAAGAAUGCUGGAAUUCAGGUCCUAAUAAAAGACCAGAAGCUACUGAUAUAUAUAAUAGAAUUUCUAGAAUGGGCAGUAAAUGUGAAAUUAAGAAAUCAUCAGAAAUUGGACCAGUAACAACAAAUAAUCCAGGUGCUAUUUAUAGGAGUAGACCUUUGAGUGGUAUAAUUCAAUCUGCAAUGUUUACAAUGUCUACAAGAAGUUUAAGAAGCGAGUCUAUAACUGCAGAAGUUGAUUUAUUUCAUUGUCAUCAAAAAAACGAUAUAACUUUUAAUGAUAAAAGAAAGUUUGACGACAAUCAAAUUGAAAACAGUUUUAAUGGAGACAAAAUUAUUAAAAAGAUUAAAUUAAUCGAAAAUGAAAAUAAUGAUUAUAUUACGCAAGAAUUUGAAUUGGAUAUAGAUAUAAAUUCUGAACAAUGUAUCAUUGACAAAAGUUAUAUUACACAAGAAAUUGAUUUUGAUAUUUGAAUCUCGGUAUUUUCCAAAACUUAUUAGAGUCCAAUAUUUACACUUUUCUUUUUAAUAAUAUUAGAUAUAUAUAUUAAUUUUAGUUGAACAUUAUAUAAAUUAUAUAUAGAAAAUAAAUUUAUUGAUAUUUAAAUAAAGUAAGCUUAAAAAAUUUAAU